AUGAGUGGCCCUUUUCCAGAGACCAAUAACAAGUCUUUGCACCAACAUCAUACUAACAUUCUUAGCAAGUACACACCACCUACUGCCACCACGAUUACGGUACAAUCGUCUGUGUUGUUGUCCAUAAUCAGACACACCUCAGAAAACUACCCUUCCCUCUUCUCUGGAUCUCUUCUCGGAUUUGAAGAUGAUGAGGGCUCCAUAGAUAUCACCCACGCCUACCCAUUCCCUUACCCAGAUCAAUACGAAGGUGGCUCUUUCAAGUCCAGAAGCGGUGCCAAGUACCAACAGGAAAUCUUGGACAGCUUGAGCAGCUUGGGCUACGGUGUCGAAUUCCAAGGAUGGUUCCAGUCCACCAUCUCUGGUAACUUCGUUACCUCUCAAUUGGUUGACGGGUUGGUCCAACAACAAUUGACCAACAAGAAUGCCUUCAUCAUUGUCCACAACAUGUCGUCCAUCGGUAAGGAAGUCGAUCUCCGUGCCUUGAGAUUAUCUGAAAGCUUCAUCACCACCUACUUGGACGGUAAGUGGAAAUCCCGUGAUCUCGAAAACCACAAGUUGUCGUACCUCAACAUCUUCGAUGACAUUCCAAUCAACAUCCGUAACCAAAACUUGGUCAACCUCUACUUGGCCAACGUCGAGAACCAACCCCGUUCCGAAAACGAAUUCGACACCUUGAACUUGUCCUCCAACCAAAACGUCACCGCCCAAUUGUUGGAAUCCUUAUACAGCCAAGUUGACUCGUACAACUACGACCAGAACAACUUCAACUACUACCAGAGACAGCACCAGAAGGAGCAAUCCAAGAUCACCCAGUGGAAGCAGCAGAGAAAGUUGGAAAACUUGGAAAGAGCCAAGAGGGGAGAAAAGGAAUUGGACACCGAGGAAUGGAAGUCCAUUUUCAGAUUGCCAAACGAGCCAUCCAGAUAUAAUAACAUGUUGCACAGUCACGCUAUUGAUGUUUUAGCUGACGACAUUCUCAAGAAGUGUGACGAGGAGUUGACCAAGAGUUUUGCCAUUGAGAGAAAGCUCACUGCUAAUGCCAAUUAG